AACUUUAUUGGAUUAUCCAAGAUGGCCGCUGCACAUUGACUGGAAGCAAUGAGAGGCGUUUGGUUUUUCAGGCUUAGUUCUCAAAACUUUUUCGUAGUAAGUAGUUUUAAACUCAAUUCACCGUGCAAUAGGAGCUUGAAAUACCUCUCUUCCUUUCCUAAUUUUAAAUAUUCGCCGGAUCUUGGUUUUUAUCGAGCGAAAUUUUACAUACCCACAAGACGACGGUACUAUUGUAGCAAGCAGACUACUGGACAGUCCAAAAAACAAGAAGGGGCACAGGCCAAUGAUUUAUCUGAUUCCACCACUCAUCAUCAUCAUCAUAAUACCACCAUAUUUCAACGACUACAGGAUCUUGAGGAGUCAUUUCGUGUUCGGGGACAUUCCAUCUUGAGAUGGGGCUUGAGUGCACUUGUCAUUUCGGGAUUUGUGAUUUACAUUUUCCGAGAACCACUCAGAGAAAACGUCGCAGAUGAAGUAGCAGUUGUUGCUAGUAGAUCUCUUGCUGACGAAAAUGUUAUACACAAGGCUAACGAAGUCACAAGAGCUGUCCUACAAGAUAUUCUUCACGAUCCGGAAAUCACUAAACUGGCUGGUGCUUUCGUAAUGCAUGUCCUACACAGAGAAGAUGUAAAAUCUGCCGCUAUCCAGUUGACCCAACACGUUCUUAACGAUCCUUCGACCCUGAAAAAGAUCAAUGAACUUGCGAAGAGCACGCUUUGGAAUCUAAUGGCGCACGAAGAAACUCGAGCUGUAAUGUUGAGCUAUAUUAAGGUGCUGAUUCUGGAUCAAAGCACUAAAGACGCGUGUAAAGUCCUGUUGGCGGAGCUCGUAAAAGAUCCGGAUGUGAAAGGAUUUAUGGCAGCGUCCCUCGGUGAUCUGGUGACGUCCUCUGUUGUUAAAAGCAGUGCUGCUGAACUUGGAAAAAGCGUCACGCACGAAGUUGUUAAUGACGCAAAAAUUCAGCAAGAAACUGGGAACUUUCUGUGGAGGGCUUUUAAGAACACCUUUACCUCUGGAUGGUUCGGCUGAGGGAUAUAAGAUCACAUAAGAGGAAGUUUGAAAGGAAAAAUGUUUAAUCGAAAAUUAUUUCUAAACCUCAGGUUCUUAACAGUUUGACCAGCGGACUUUAUUUAAGGAAUUAAACAACAAACAGCCUCUUACUCAGGAAACAAUUACAGAAAGAUUACAAAAGGAGAAGUGCUGUUAUUAAAAAUUAAUUCGAUUUUCAUGUACUUUACAGUUUAAGUGGUGGUUAGAACUUUUUAUAGGAAAUUUAGACUACUAAUAGUCUUUUUCCUAAGUUUGUUGGACGAGAAACACGAAAAAAAAUACAAAAAUGCAUAUGCUCACCGAAUUAUAUAAGAAAAGAAAACGUGUUAGCUCUCUUUGUAGUCCCACAGCCACACUCUACAUUGUUCCCGGCAUAUUUUCAAAGGAUAUUUCGUAUUUUAACCCCUAAAAAUACUGGGGAAAUAUACCUUUAUUGUAAGGACAUUUAUUAUAUGUUACGUGACUUACAAAUUACAUCGACGAUUGGCGUCCAGAAAAAAAAAAAAAAAAGAGCAAAGAAAAUAGAGUUGUUAAGUAUAUCCGAGAAAAACUGUAUUUUAUUGUUGAAAAAUCACCUGAACACCAAAUAAACACAUAUUCAGUGAAUAUAUUUUA